AGAGAGAGAAAGAAAGUGAGAGAGCAAGAGGAGGAGAGGGAGGAGAAGAUACAGCACACGGGCGAACACUCAGGAGCAUCAUGGCACCAAUUGGAUUAAAGGCGGUCGUUGGCGAAAAGAUUAUGAAUGAUGUCAUCAAGAAGGUGAAGAAGAAGGGAGAAUGGAAGGCUUUGAUAGUGGACCAGCUCAGCAUGAGGAUGUUGUCGUCCUGCUGCAAAAUGACUGAUAUCAUGACAGAGGGCAUCACUAUUGUUGAAGACAUCAUGAAACGGAGAGAACCUCUUCCCUCACUGGAGGCCAUUUACCUGAUCACCCCGACUGACAAGUCUGUGCAGACUCUCGUCAAUGACUUCAAGGAUCCCCAUUCAGCCAAAUAUAAAGCGGCUCAUGUGUUCUUCACUGACUCGUGCCCUGACCCCCUGUUUAAUGAAGUGGUGAAGAGCCGUGCCUCCAAAACCAUUAAAACCCUAAAUGAGAUCAACAUCGCCUUCCUGCCCUACGAGUCCCAGGUGUUUUCUUUGGACAACCCUGAUGCCUUUCAGAGUUUCUACAGCCCUCAUAAGACACAGCUGAAGAACCCUGUGAUGGAGCGGCUGGCAGAGCAGCUGGCAACUCUGUGUGCCACACUGAAGGAGUAUCCGGCCGUCCGAUACCGAGGGGAAUAUAAAGAUAACGCCACUCUGGCUCAGUUGCUUCAGGACAAACUGGACGCCUACAAGGCAGAUGAUCCUACAAUGGGGGAGGGUCCAGAUAAGGCUCGCUCUCAGCUCAUUAUUCUGGACCGAGGAUUUGACCCCGUCUCUCCUGUCCUGCAUGAGCUCACUUUCCAGGCUAUGGCCUACGACCUCCUGCCCAUUGAGAAUGAUGUCUACAAGUAUGACACCAGUGGAAUAGGAGACUCUCGUGAGAAGGAGGUGCUCCUGCAUGAAGAUGAUGAUCUCUGGGUUGCUCUACGACACAAACAUAUCGCUGAGGUCUCUCAGGAGGUGACGCGCUCACUCAAGGAGUUUUCUGCCAGCAAACGCAUGAACACUGGAGAGAAGACCACCAUGAGGGAUUUGUCUCAAAUGCUGAAGAAGAUGCCGCAGUAUCAGAAAGAGCUCAGCAAGUACUCAACUCAUCUGCAGCUGGCUGAAGACUGCAUGAAGCACUACCAAGGAACUGUGGACAAACUGUGCCGUGUAGAGCAGGAUCUUGCAAUGGGAACAGAUGCUGAGGGUGAGAAGAUUAAAGACCCCAUGAGGGCCAUCGUGCCAAUCUUGCUGGAUGCCAAUGUCACCACCUAUGACAAGAUCCGCAUCAUCCUGCUCUACAUUUUCCUCAAGAACGGGAUCACGGAGGAAAACCUUAACAAGCUGAUCCAGCACGCUCAGAUCCCUCCUGAGGACAGUGAGAUCAUCACCAAUAUGGCUCACCUGGGCGUCCCCAUCAUCACAGACUCGACUCUGCGCAGAGGCAAGAAGAUGGACCGUAAGGAGCGUGUGAGCGAACAAACCUACCAGCUCUCUCGCUGGACCCCGCUCAUCAAGGAUAUCAUGGAGGAUGCUAUCGACGACAAGCUGGACACCAAACAUUAUCCGUACAUCUCAACACGCUCGUCCUCCUCUUUCAGCACUUCUGCAGUCAGUGCCCGAUAUGGCCACUGGCACAAGAAUAAAACCCCUGGAGAGUACCGCACAGGCCCUCGCAUCAUGGUCUUCAUCAUCGGUGGAGCAUCCUUUAGCGAGAUGCGUUGUGCCUAUGAGGUCACACAGGCUAAUGGCAAAUGGGAGGCCAUCGUUGGUUCGACCCAUGUCGGCGGUCCCACCCAGCUUCUGGACGCUCUUAAGGCCAUGAACAAACCCGACGAGGAGUAAACAAGCUAAAAAAAUUAAAUAAAAAUCACAACUUCCUCCCCAUAAACCCCCCAUUGCUCAGUAACCCUCUCCCCCUCCCUCGAUCCGUCACCCUGUAAAUCUCACCCGCUCCUAUAUAAAUAGUGUAUGCAUCUUGCUUGAGAAAAAAAUACAAUAAAUAAUAAAAAAAACAUAUGAUUGGUGACAAUUAAAAAAAGAAUAUUCUAUAAAUUUAUAUAUAUAUAUAUUUAAAUAUAUAUAUAAUGUUGAGAUAAAAUAACUGUUGCAAGUAUUCUUCUGUUUUACAAUGGAUGCAAAACCACUAGACAGAGUUUUCAUUAUUUAAAUUGCUAUUUCAAAACCUUGAAAGUACCAAAUGUUAUAUGUUAUGGAACCUGCUAGAAUGUGUAAAUGGUAGAUUUUUUUGCGUUCGUUCCUUAUUCAACUCGGUGUGUUUUGUUUUUCGUUUUCUUUGUUUGUUUUGUAAUGGUUUAAAAGUGGUUGGGGGAGGGACUGGUUUGUAUGCAAAUAGACCAGUGAGGCAAAACGAUGCAUAUCACUUCCUACACUAAAGGCUAAACUGCCGCUUUGGGUUUAAUCGGUGUUUCAUUUUAGAUGUGCAUGCCAUGGACGCUACUAUGUGGCCCUUUUGACAUGUUUGAAAACGGUAACAAAAAAUAUUAAGCUCUAAAAAAAGAAAAUCAAGCAUCUUUUUGGGACUCCAGUGAUGAAGAGGAAUGGAAGGAGGCCAAAACAGAUCAAAAGCCUCAAGCUGAAUAAGUGAAAAAGACACUGUAAAUAAAUAUCCAACGUCACCCCUCCCUUCAGUCGCGACUCCUGGAGCAUUUACUCUCCGUGUGCUUCUUUUCACGUCUCCUUCCGCAGAGACCUCCUGAUUUAGUGUGAAGAAGGCCGUUGCUUGCUGAUGUUUUACGGAAUUAAAAAAAAAGGGCCAGUUGUAUUUCAGUAUUGUAUCUCGUCCAAUUAAAGUCUUAUCAUUGGUUAGUAAACAAUGUUUAACCGGGACAUGCACUGAGUAGCGUGUUGUUGUAUAUGCCAUAUGUUACUGUUUUUUCGUCUCACUGUUGACUGGUGACAAUUUCUGACUGUGAAGUAGUAAAACUUUCCUUUGCCGAUGUGAAGCCACUGUGUUUGUGACGUAUUAGCUGUAGAUGUAGUGAAAAUCUGGGAAAAAAUUAUAAUAGGUACUCUCUAUCUUUGGUUUGUCCGUCUGAUAGUUUCUUUUCUGGUGCAAUGUUAUAUCUUCCACUGGCGAAUGGCUUUGCAAUGAGACGCAAUCCCCCCUUUUUGAACAUUUUAUUUAUUUUUUGGGUUUGUGUUUGUUCUAUUCUGGCAGAAAAGGUUGUAUAUUGCACUACGCGUUUUCUGUGAUGCAAACGCUUCAAUGGUUCUCUCUUUUUUAAAUGCUACCUUAUUUUUGGGGUUUGCUGCCGUAUAGCCGUGUCAACUGGAUUGAUUUCUAUUACAUUGCUUUUUUUCAGAGAAUAUCAAUAAUUAAGAGCGUAGUCUGUCCUAAACCUGUUUGAUCUUACUGGGAUUCUAUGUUUGCGAGUGUUGAAGCACAAACUAAAGUAUACUUCAUGUGUACCAAUGUACUAAGGCUGUCUAAUAAAUUGGCUUCCAUUACAAAU